AUCGCCGUCUUCACGAUGACCAUGCGCGGCAAGGAGCAGCUCCUGUAUCUCGGGCAGCCGUUCGUGUUCGAGAAGCUGGUGGUGACGCCGACGGCCGAACCGAAAAAGAUCUGGCGCUGCAACCAGUGGUGGAACCAAAAGUGCCGCGCCCGGGUCUACACGAUCGGGAACGUGAUUACGCCGCUGAACCGGUACCACACCCACUCGGACAUUGUCAAGCGGAAACGGCGCGUGACCAAGAAGAAGGUGGCCCCCGUGAGCUUCAUCAGCGCCGAGGAUGCCAUCGGCAGCAGUGGGGACUCGGCAGGGAAGGUCAUGGACGAGGAAGUCGCGGAGUACGUCGUGAAUAUUGAGGACCAGAAAAAGAUUGAACUACCGGAUUACUGAACACUUUUUUUAGUUUUAUAUCAUGAAAAUAAAGUUUUUAAAACAUCCAAGCGUUUAUAUUUAGUUUACGUUUUAGAAUUCUAGUACUUCGUUUCAACCUUUUACUAACAAAACUUUCUAUCUUACAGAUCUGCCC